AUGCUUGGUAAACGUAAGGGAGAUAAAUCCUCCCAUCACGGAAAAAAGCGAAAGAUACAAGGACCAAUCAGACCGAAGAAUGCGUUGAUGCAAUUAAAUGAGAUUAAACCUGGUCUGGAAUAUCAGUUUGUGUCUCAGACAGGUCCUGUUCACGCACCCACCUUCAUUAUGUCUGUUGAGGUCAACAACACCAAGUUCGAAGGUGCGGGCCAGACCAAAAAAUUAGCGAAACUUCAAGCUGCUGAAAAAGCUUUGACUUCUUUUGUUCAAUUUCCGAAUGCGUCUGAGGCCCACAUCGCCAUGGGACGUCAAAUCGUGAACACUGACUUUACAUCAGACGAAGCUGAACCUAUCGUAAGUCUUUUUAACGAUUUUGAAGGAAAGAAAAACGGGAGUCACGGAAGUGAUGAAAAUAUGGAAGUGCAUUCGGAGAACGGAGUUCAGAAUUUACCUCCAGCUCGACGUUCGAUACCAACUAAACCAACAGGAAAGAAUCCAGUGAUGAUUCUAAAUGAACUUCGACCCAAUUUAAAAUAUGAAUUUGUGUCAGAAAGUGGAGAAAGUGCUUCAAAAACUUUUACAAUGUCGGUUACCGUUGACAACCAGAUGUUUACUGGGUCCGGGCGAAAUAAAAAAUUAGCGAAGGCCCGAGCAGCUCAGGCUUCCUUAAAGAAAAUAUUUAACAUGGAUUUUCACGGCACGCCUGGAACUGAGCCUGUUCUUAGUGAUGAAUCGAGUCCAAUCUCAGCUCACUUGGCAGAUUCCGUUGCCAACAUGGUUAUCAAUAAAUUUGGUGAUUUGACAGACGGUUUCACCAGUCGCUAUGCCAGACGAAAAGUUUUGGCGGGAUUCGUCAUGACGAGAGAAAAUUCAGCAGAAGUGAUCAGUGUUGCCACGGGAACCAAAUGUAUCAAUGGUGAAUAUAUGAGUGGACAAGGCUUAUCUUUAAAUGACUGUCACGCAGAAAUUAUCGCGCGGAGAUCUCUGCUGCGAUACUUCUAUGCUCAACUACAACUUCAUCUGGACGGACAGGCGGAAAACUCAAUAUUCGAACGAAAUGGUGACGCAGGUUUUCAGUUGAAAGAGAAUAUAAAAUUUCAUUUAUAUAUCAACACUGCUCCGUGUGGUGACGCUCGUAUUUUUUCCCCCCAUGAAGCAGAAAUGAAAGCUGGAGAUCGACAUCCCAAUCGUAAAGCUCGUGGUCAAUUGAGAACUAAAAUAGAAUCAGGGGAGGGAACUAUUCCUGUGAGUAAUAACGGUACAACACAGACGUGGGACGGAGUUUUACAAGGGGAACGACUCUUGACAAUGUCGUGUAGUGACAAGAUAGCUAGAUGGAAUGUUCUUGGUUUACAAGGUUCAUUGGUCAGCCAUUUUGUUAAGCCGAUUUAUUUGGACAGCAUUAUAUUGGGCAGUCUGUAUCAUAGCGACCAUCUUUCUCGUGCCGUAUAUAGUCGUAUCGAAAACAUCAAAAAUCUCAUCAUGCCUUUCCGUUUAAAUCGACCAUUCCUGAGUGGAAUCAACAGUCCAGAGAGUCGUCUGCCGGGUAAAGCACCCAGUUUCAGCGUUAGCUGGUGUGUGGGAGAUCCAGAAUUAGAAGUCGUCAACGCCACGACGGGUAAAACCGAGAAUUCCGAGCCACCUAAAGUUUGUAAAGCCUCUCUUUUCAAAGAGUUUUUGAAACUGUACGGAAAAAUUCCAUCCUAUACGGUAACUACUGACAUUAAUCAAGUUCGGUGUUACCUUGACGCCAAGAAACUAGUCUUGGAUUACCAGUCUGCCAAGAUGAAUAUGAUGAAAGCAUUCCAGUUGUCGGGGCUGGGUGUCUGGGUCCAAAAACCAGAAGAACAGGAUCAGUUUGAGUUGCAGACAUAUUGA